AUGUUGUCUCUGAAUAUAUCACAUUACUCAAAGCCAUCUGCAUACAGGGUGUCAGAAUUACCCAAGCCGUGUCUCGCCAACUCAAAAGAUGUGAUCAUCAAAGUGUAUGCCGCUGGCAUUAAUCCAAUUGACGUCAAAAGAGCCGCUGGGGCUCUGAAACUUGCAGUCGGCUUUCCGUAUAAAAUCGGCUAUGACUGUUCCGGCAUCAUUACCGAGACCGGAAGAGAUGUGAAGAAGUUCAAUAUUGGAGAUGCAGUCUACGUCAAGUUGCCCGAAGUUUCUCGAGUGGCCAAAAACACUUUUCCUUAUUUACUGAAACGUAACUUAGGAUUAUGCAGUGAAUUUGUCAGAUGCUCAGAGGCGCACAUUGCUUCUAAGCCGCCUUGCUUGUCGUUCGAGGAAGCAGCCUCGAUUCCACUGGCGGCAAUGACGGCUCAUCAGGCUCUUCACCUAUAUCGUGGUGAUCUUUCCGGGAAAACUGUCUUUGUACCCGCUGGAUUGCCAAUCCAUCCGCAUUGUCGCCGGGGUACUCAGGUAGUAUUCCUUUUUCAUACCUGCUUUGCUAACGUCGGCAUAGUGAGCGGCACAGGUUUAUUUGCGUGCCAACUGGCAAAGCAUGUGUUUCGUGCUGGGAGAGUCAUACCCACGGUCUCUACGGCGAAAAUCCCGAAAAUAAAAGAACUAUUGGGGGCAAAUACUGUUGAUGAGAUGAUCGACUACACAAAAUUCGACCCUAGAGACGUUAUUGAGCAUGGAACAGUGGACUUUCUCUUCGACACAGCAGGCCUUGCCAUGAAGCUCCUGUGUCUGAUGCGACCUGGAUCCAGUCGUAUCGUAUCAGUCUCAACUAUGCCCUCUGGUAAUCAAUUGCAAGAUUCACCACUAAUGGAUUUGGCUCAUCGGCCGACUGUCCCAUUUGCUUUUCGAAUGGGUCUUAAUCUGCUUGAUCAGAUUCGAAAAGUCCGAGCACAUCGUUACAAGACAGAGUAUUCCUACCUAUUUUUGGAAUCAACCGGAAAAGAUUUGGAUGAACUCAAACAGUAUAUCGAAGAUGGGAGACUCAGAAGAGUAAUUGGAACUAUCGCUGAUAUCCGAGAUAGUGAAGCUGUGCAAAAGGCUUGUGAUGUAGUUUACUCUGGGCGGGGAGGGCUUGGAAAGCUGGUGAUACGUGUUUGCACGCCUGAGCAGUCAUUUCAAAGCGAGUUUGAUUUUCGUUAG